AUGGAAAAGUUCCUGCGCGAUUGGCGACAGGAUGCUUUGAACAAACACCAGUACGAGUCGGCCAUUUUUGUCGGCGACAAGUUGCUCGCUCUGACCAACAAUGACAAGGACGCCUUCUGGCUUGCCCAAGUGCACUUCUCAACCGCAAACUACACACGCGCCCUCGGUUUCCUCUCUCGCCAAGACCUGAUAGCUCGCAACCCAUCAUGCAAGUACCUCGCCGCACAUUGCUACGUCAAGCAAUCUCGAUACGACGAAGCCUUACACAUCCUCGGCGACAAGAACCCCGUCCACCUCAUCACCUCUUCGGAUCGAACACGCCGGAAACUACAACACCUCGAUCCACGCAAUGCCCUUGGAAAGAUGGCCAAACUUCCACAAUUAAGAUCAGAUCGAGUGGACCGCAGUGAAGAAAGAGACAAGGAAGAUAUGAGCAACAUCCGCUUCGAGGCUGCAAUGUGCUAUCUACGUGGUUUCUGCUACGCAAAGCAAAACGCCUUUGAUCGCGCAAAAGAUUGCUACAAAGAUGCCGUGCGUAUCGAUGUGCUGUGUUUCGAGGCUUUUGACCAGCUCAUGAAGAACUCGCUCAUGUCGCCAGCCGAAGAGUGGGAGUUUUUGGAUUCUCUAGACUUUGACAGCGUCAGUGCUUCCGAUACUCCAGCCUCGAGUAUGCAAGAAGCGGGCGAGUUUACGAAAAUGCUCUACAUGACGAGAUUGUCAAAGUACAGCAGACCAGACGACUUCAACGCCGCAGUCGAGACUCUGUCCACGCAUUACAACCUCUCCAGCAACUCAUCAAUUCUGUUAUCUAAAGCCGAACUCCUCUUCACAAACUGCCGCUUCCGCGACGCCCUAUCCCUAACCACCCAAAUACUCGAAACAGACCCUUACAAUUUCUCCGCUUUGCCCGUCCAUCUAGCAGCUUUGUUCGAACUCAAAGAAACAAACGCACUUUUCUUACUGUCUCACGACUUGGCAGAUUCACAUCCGGAAGAAGCAUGUACCUGGCUCGCAGUAGGCACAUACUACCUCAGCAUCUCACGCAUCCCCGAAGCCCGUGGUUACUUCUCCAAAGCCUCGCUCAUGGAUCCUCAUUUCGGUCCUGCGUGGAUUGGCUUCGCGCAUACCUUUGCUGCAGAGGGUGAACACGAUCAAGCCAUUUCUGCAUACUCGACCGCCGCUCGCCUCUUCCAAGGAACCCAUCUCCCUCAACUCUUCCUCGGCAUGCAAAAUCUUCAACUCGGCAAUCUGUCCCUGGCAAGAGAAUACCUCGAGACUGCAUACACAAUGUGUGAGAACGACCCGCUCGUGCUCAAUGAGAUGGGCGUCGCAUACUACCAAGACUCACAAUUCGACUCUGCCAUCCGCACUUUUGAACUCGCCAUCUCCAUCGCUGACGAACUGUCUUCUGCUUCCUCGACCACAACUCUGGAUAUCAAGACGAAUCUCGCACAUGCUUAUCGCCGCAACGGUCAAUUUUCCCUCGCUCUUGACGCGUUUUCCGAUGUGUUGAGACAAGGGGGUAAAGAUGCUGCUAUCUUCUCUGCGAAAGGGUUGGUGUUGUUGGAGUUGGAAGAGUGGUUUGAAGCUACGGUGACUUUGCAUGAAGCACUUGCUCUAUCGCCACAGGAUCCUGUGGCCACGGAACUAUUGCAGAGAGCGCUUGAAGGGUUGGAGGGGGAGAGUAAAGUCGAGGCUGAGGACGAGGAUGUGGAUCGGCUGCUAGGAGAAAGACUCAAAAGUGCUGAGCUGAGGAAUAGGCGGAGGAGGGGUGGUGGUGGUGGUGGUGGGAUUUUUGAGGACGGAGGCAUGGAUGGGGCAGAUGGCACGGAAAUCAGCGUCGAAGAAGGCGAUUGGACAAUAGCGACUGAAGAGUCUGGAGUGUAG